AAGAAAAGGGGAGCAGAGCAGAUACAAGAAAGAAAGAGGUUCAAUUAGAGAAGAGAUCAGACCUACUCUCUUCUUGACUUCCAACCACAUCCAACUCACUCGCAAAAAAUGGUGUCCUUUUCCACCUCCCCUUCUCAAUCAUUUUGGACGCCAAUGCAACAUGGAGUGGAUUCAAAUGGAUAUUUACCUUCUUCACCCGGUGUCGGUGGAGAGAUUGGCGAUCAAUCAACAGAAAGUAAAGCAUCACGUCAAAGAAGAGGUUCUUCACCCGGUAAAAGAGCUUUGAAUUGGUUCAGAAGUAGAAGUGCUUCACCUGCUUCGAUCAAUCAUGUAGAAGAUGGUCCUUCAAGCCCUUCUUCUUUUGUAGUUCGUAAAGUCACCAAACAACCAGGAGGCGUAUCUCAUAUCACAGAUGUGCAUGGCUCACCGGCUGAUGAACAUGUCCAUCAACCUGGCUAUCCAUAUCAACAAGUCAAAAGUCGCCCUAUCUCUUUGGGCGUUCCACCUGGAGGACCUGGCGGUGGCACGGGCUAUGGCACUGCAAGAAGUACAAACGAUGGAAGACCGGAACCUGAACGUCAAGAACAACCCUUUGAGCGUGGUAGGAGCAGAAGCAAGAGUCCAAACCGUCCUCCAAGUCCCGGUGCAAUCCAUGCGGGUGCUUUCCGUGGAGGUCGAAUUGCUCCCGGUCCAUUGAGUUACAGGCAAGCAGCUGAACAACACGAAGAGAUGCUUGCCAAAAAGCAAAGCAAUCAAGGAAAAAGGCUGUCUGAUACACCUUCCUUACGUGAUGUAUCAGCAGCAACACCAUCAGGACCACGCAUCAGCCCAUUCCCUACAGGCUCUGGACAAUUCAGUACCUCCCCGCAUCCGACCAGCCCCUUGGCAGGUUCAGCAGCUGCGCCUGCCGUGUCCAACGUCUCCGCUCAAGCAAAUGAAUCACCUUCUAGAUUCUCCAUGCCCGUUCAUAUCCCGCCCGGAUCAGGUUUGCCUCCUGUGAUUCCGUUGGAAGGUAUUCCAUCACCGGUCAAGAUUCCAUAUUCGCCCAAUAGGGUCGGUGCUUCGCCUUUAGGAUCCGCUUCACCUGCAGGCUCACCGGGAUACUUUGGAGGUGCAUCCCAUGAAGAUCGAAAUUCCAGUCAACCUGGCAGUCCUCAUUUUGCAUCGAAAUGGUUCAAAGGAAUCUUUGGCAAAUCGCCAAGAUUGGAAGAUCGGGAUGAUGGUAUAUAUAGCAAUGAAGGUUCUUGGAUGCGUCAAAGCAUGUCUGCUGAUGGCAAAUCGCCAAAUCAUGCAAUGAUGCAACAAAAUCCAAAUGCUUGGUCAGAUGGUCUUCCCCUUGCUGGCAGUGGGGCAAGAGAUCAACGUGAUCCUCGUCGUGAUUCUGUAGAAGCAGAAGCUUUGGCAAGAAAGAAGCAUUCAAUGAUGAUGGCAGCACGAAUUGAAGAUGAGCAUCGCAAUAGGCUCAUCAGUGGAGAACACGCUCCUCAAAAUCAACAGACUUCAAUGGAUGCAACAAAUGCCGCACCGAAACAAUGGCUGCCACAUCAAGUGAUCGGAGACGCACCUCUUUCUCAAGAGCCAGAGCAAUGGGAUCCACCGCAAAGCAAAAGUCCACCUGGAAGAAAGCCAGCGCCACGUUUCACAGCGCAAGAUUUGGAGGCGAUGUCACAAAAAGAACGUGAACAAGUGGCAACAGAAGUUGAUCCUGAAGAUCGAUUGAGUAAGUUGGAGGGCAAAUUGACUCCUGCUCAACAAAUCAUUGCAGAAACACGUUCGAGAAUGUCAACACUUGAUGAUGAGUUUGCAAAAGGACAAUUAAGUCAAUCUGCAAAGGGCAAACAAUCAAUCAAUACACAAGUCCAGCGAGGAUUUGAUACCAACAGACGAUCUUCUAAUGGUGGUGAGAGACCACCAACGCUACCGACAAAAUCACCACAUGCUUCUGAAGUGCAACAAUCAACUCCAGAGGUGAACAAUACUGUGACCAAAGAGUCAAAACCCGUGCAAACAGCUCCUAGACAACCUGCACCUCGUACAUUGAGCAAUGCAGGCCCAAGCGGGUUGACGGCUGGCACCGGCCCAAUGCCAAAGGACAUGCCUAUGAGCCAUGCACUUCAAGAGAUGAUGGUACGUUUCUAUCGAUUUGAACGAUAUGCAGUUCCAUUGAUGCGGUCUUUGGAAGGUAGAUUGAUCGAUAUCGAAAGGGACAAUCAGAUGGCUCUAAACGGAGAUGGAAUGAGCGCAAAUAGUGCUCGUGAUCGUGAAAUGGAUAGAUGGGUUGGUCAAAUGACCAAGUUGAUGCGUCAUGAAGUUGGCCAAUUACAAGCUGCAACACAUGAAUUGAGAGGAUCGAGAGAGUUACUAGCAGCUGUGGCCAAAAAUCAAGGUGUAGGUACAACUUCAAGCGGUUUCUUAUCUUCACAAUCUCCAGCACCAAUUAAUACUACUGUUGUACAGAGCGGUGAAGGAAAGGGUGUGAGCGCGGCGAAUGAACCAGUAAAGGUGCCAAGCGACCUAUCUCGCAACUUGUCUGGCGAUGCUCGUAGAGGAACAAACGCUUCAUCUUCUUCUUUCAAAAGCGCUGUUCCUAAACCAGAAAAUAUUGUUGCUCCGGCCUCCAAUGCAAGUCCAAAUGGUCGCAAACGAUACACUCAUGCUUUAGGACGACCAAUGCAAGAUGGCAAGAUUUCACCACUUGUUUCGCCCAAGAAAGAGAUUGAUCAACUCAUUCCGGAGACACCUGCAAGCCCUUCUCCAAGUGACAUUUCCUCUGCUUCACGUCGUACUGUCAGUAUUGAUGAGAGAUUGAGGGCUUUGAUGGUGGACAAAAGCCGAAGUCCAAGCCUGAAUACGCAAGAUGCUAAUAGCAGCUUGAAGAGUGGAAUGUCUUUGCAUGGUGCUGCGAAUCAAUUUGGCAGUCGAGAUGAAAGUAUCAGCGAUGAUACCAGUUUCGAAAAGAUACCGAUGCCAAAGCGUAACGCAAGCGUUAAAAUUGGAGAUGAUUAUCAAUUCGUCAUGGCACGAGGAGAUAGCAAAGCAAGUGCUACAUCUGCAAGUGGUCAAUCUAGCGAAGACGUCAUGGUUAAAACUACUGACGAUGAAAGUGACGAUGUCAGUGUUGUGCCUGAUCUUUCUACGAAGCGAUCACAGCACUUGCAAACGCCUUCAAACUUCUCUACGCAAACAGAUACAACCAUCAAGCCAUCUAUUGCACAGCAGCAACAACAACAGAGUGUAAAGAGACAAUCUUCAUUAUCUGUCAACUCUCGCGCUAUCAGUACUCCAACUUCGCCUGGACGAAUGCCUUUGUCGCCCAAUCUGACAGGUAACUCUUUGAGAUUAGCGACGCCCACACGACAGGGAUCAACGAGUCCAAUCAGCAUGGUUCCCAACGAAACGAACAUCAAGACAGCAACUCAUGCCUCUAACGGCUUACGUGCUCGUGCUCAAAGCUACUUGCAAAAUGCAGAACAACCAUCGAACAGUAGCAGCAGCGGCGGAUUGAGCAGUGCAAAUAUUAGUGCAAGCAAUUCAUCUUCUUGGAAUCGCAUCUCGAAUUCAUCAAGUCCACAGCCACCAUCUUCUCCCAGUAAGGCUCAGCCGUUGAAAUCAAGUUCAUCUUCGAAUGUUUUACGUGAUCGGACCCUGAAUGGAUCCGGUGAUAUUGCCUCUAAGGUGCAAUUCCCUUCCCCAACUUCAGAAGAAGCCGUUUCUGUUCGCCCAUUAAACUUCAAAAAGAGCGCUCAUUCUAUCAAAUCAACAGGUCAAAGAAGUGAUCGUGCAGAUAGCAGCGAAGAAAAAUCUGCAGGUCCUUUGACGCCAGGAAAAUUUGAUACGAUCAAAGGAAACACAAUCAAAAGUUCUUUAUCGACUGCUGCCAAUUCAACCGUUUCAACUCCUUCUCGGCCAAGUAUCAAAGACCGCGUAGCUUUCUUCGAUUCAGCUCAAAAAGUCUGAAAAGUUUCCGAUCCUCAUUUGUACAUAUGACCUCUUUUGUCAAGCCUGCAAUAUUACUAUGAUAUGAUGUUCUGUACCAUCUACUCUUUCCCGCUUUCUGUAGUUCUCUCGAUUCGUUUCGCCUGUACAUCUGCUCGUAAUAUAUGCUUCAUUGAAUGAACAU